CUCUUACUGAACCAGUUUCGCAAAGUCAGAGAAGCAACGCAAGCAAGAAGAAUAAAGAGAAGAACUUCGCCGUCGACGUCUCCGUCAUGGAGUUCGGAACUGCCGCCGCGACUCUCACGAAGAAGCUCUCUAACGGCUACGGCGUCUCCGGAAGAUCGGCGUACGACGGCGUUUUCGCCGCUCCAAUCAAGCUCCGAGCUCCGACUUUCUCCUCUCAAUUCGAGGAUUACCGCGAGAUUUUCGGCGCCGCCGGAGCUUCGCUCGGUUCCUCUAUUCCGAUUCUGGAACUUCCGGAACUCAACGAGAGCAAGAAAAAGAUCGACGACGUUGGGCGCUCGAGGGUCGAUUACUCGACGGUCUUCGGUGGGUUUGGGAGUCUAGACGCUGCCGUUCCUUUCGAGGAGAUAGUGGCUGAGCCUGUGGAGAAAGAUAGCUUCGCUAUACGGAGUAAGAUCAAAGGAGAAAACCAAUCUUUCCAGCAAGAGCUUAAUACAUGUUCGAAGGAAAUUCCAGUGAAAUCGUGGUCAUCCCAUGAUGCCAAAAAGGUCAAUAUGUCUUAUCAUAAAGUUAACCAAGGAAGUGAAAAUGGAACAGGUGGGACAACACAUAUAGCUCAACUCCAGGCUGUCCCUGCUUACACUCGAUUAAUCGAAGAAGUCAAGCCAAUGAAGAUAAACAGAGCUAAUAAGUCUAUACCAGUAGCACAAGAUACUUAUUCUGGUAGCCAUGUCGAGGAGGGAAUAAAAGAAGCUGCACAUUCUACCAAUUCGUAUACUAGUGCUUCACCUGAUAAUUCUAAGCAACAGUCUUCCACCAACAAUGGCGUAAAAGUUAAAAAUAGAUCUGGUUCUAUUGAUCUGUUUUUUGAUGCAUGUGAGAUCAGUAAUGGAAAUAAUGGAACAAAUAAUGUCAAAGUUCCUCGAUCAGAGACUACUGAAUCUAACUUAAAUAAACAAAAAGGUGAUGCUCUGAAAUCAACGCCAAUCAAAUUCCAGGCAUCUAAGAGUAGCUCAUCCGAAGGUGUAGCUGGUGCUGAUUCGCCACCAUACUCAGAUGAGGUAGCUGCUUCUGUAGCUGCUUUAAGAAAGGCAAUGGAAGAGGCUCAAGCAAGAAUGAAGGUUGCAAAAGAAUUGAUGAGAAGAAAGAAAGAAGGUUUUCCUGAUCGUGUGAAACGUAAGUCUAACAUUGAAGUGAAAGCUGAUGGAAAAAGAGACGCUAAAGUCACUCUUAGAACAACGAAACUUGAUGCAAAGCUAACAUUAAGAGAAAAGGAUACUUCUCUAAAUUCUUCUUCUGAGGUAGGGAGGUCAACUAUGAGAAUAGAGAAAGCGAGGCCAGAUCUGGGGACAAAAGAAACCUCUGAAAUGGUUAGGGAACUAUUGGGGCUGGAAGAAAAUAUGAAGAGAAGGUUCAUGCAGACCAUGAAGCGAAGUGCAUAUGUAGAACUUGUCCGGGAAACUAACAUAGGAGUCAAAACGGAACCGCGAGAGGCUGAGAAGAAUAUUACUGAAGAGCUAAAAGGAAGUGAGAAUAAAGUUGAUUUGUUCAGUGAGCUGGAAGAAUGUGAACUAGCAGAAAUUCUGGAGCCACUUGACAAUGAGAUUCAAGACACUGAACAUUCCUGUCAGAGAGAAGCCAGAGAAGCCACUGGUAAUACCUUUGGCAGUAUCUAUGUGCAGGAGGAAAUCGUGGACCAUAUUCAUAGUAAGAAUAAGAAAAGUAAAUUGGAUGGAAAUGACAUGGUUCUUGAUGCCCAAGCAAGUGAGAAUGGAUUUCAAGAAGCCACUCAACUGAUGGAUGGAAAUACGAGGGAAAGGAUAGACAACAAGGAGCCAGUUGAAGUUAUUAGAGUAACUCUAUCUGAUCCUUGUUGCGAGGAGGUAAAAGCAGAGAAAGCUGGCAAUACCACAGAAACCAGUUCAAGCUAUGAGCCAGAUGAAACUGAGAAGUUGAACAAAACUCAGGGAGCUGAUAUAAUCACUGAAAAUGAGGAAACUUUGGAAGUAAAUCUAAAGGUUCAUUCAUAUGAUGAGGUAGAUGGUGUAUCGGAAGCAAGUAGUGCUUCAUUUCAACAAGAGAGAUAUGAAGAAACAGACCCCGUUCAGGAGACAAGUGAUUUCCGUGAUAAACAUACAGAUGAGACUCAUUCCUUCACUCAAGUUGCCGUUGAACUAAACGAAGCAGACAAUCAAAUACAAAAUAUAUUUGAAAGAGAGACUUCCGAAGGUGCUGCUACAAAUAGUGGUGACACCGACAUAAAGGCUAGGCAAAACAUAGAUCAGUGCUGGGAAAAAAAGGAUGCAAAGGAGACUAGAGAUGCAUUAAAGGAAGAUUUGGAUGAGAAUAGGUCUAAUUCCUCUAAUGGGGAAAUUUUGUAUGACAAUGAAGACAUUAUAGAUGAAUCACAGAUACCUAGUACAUCUGAUUGGAAAUCGAGUCCCUUCAAAGAAGUAGAGAAGGUUGAUUCAAGUCACAUCAAUAUAAGGGAGAGUAAUCAAGUAUCCGCAAUGGAAGAGAAGGGAGCAAAUGACAACUUGCAUAAGGAAGAGCAGGAAAAGGAACACCUCAAAAAACUCGAUGCAGCAAAAGAGAGGGAAAGAGAAAGAGAAAAGGAGAAAUUAGCUGUAGAAAGAGCAAUUCGUGAAGCACGUGAAAGGGCUUUUGCUGAUGCCAGAGAAAGGGCGGCAGUAGAGAGAGCUGCUGCAGAAGCACGUCAGAAAAACAUUUCUGAUGGACGAGAAAGGCUAGGAAAAACCAAUAGUCAGGCAAAUGAGAAGACCCCAGCUGAGAAGGCUGCUUUGGAGGCAAAACUUAAAACUGAGCGUGCUGCUGUGGAGAGAGCAACUGCAGAGGCACGGGCACGGGCCCUAGAAAGGGCACUUUCUGAGAGAGCUGCUUCUGAUGCAAGAAAUAAGUCUGAUAAACCUGUUGCAGGCUUUGUGGCUUCCCGUGAUAAUGCAAUGAAGCAAAACUUCCAAUCAAAAUCUUUCAGCCAUGGUGUUCGUGAUUCUACUGAUGUAUUUGAUGGAGCUAAUGGCGAUUCUGCUCAGAGAUGUAAGGCAAGGUUUGAGAGGCAUCAGAGAAUAGGGGAACGCGUGGCACAUGCUCUUGCAGAAAAGAAUAUGCGUGACAGGCUUGUGCAGAAGGAGCAAGAGGAGAGAAAUAGGGUAGCAGAAAUUCUUGAUGCAGAUGUUAAAAGAUGGUCAAGUGGAAAAACAGGAAACUUGAGGGCAUUGCUUUCUACAUUACAAUAUAUUCUUGGCCCCGACAGUGGUUGGCAACCGAUUCCUCUGACAGAUGUAGUAACCACCCCUGCAGUAAAGAAAGCUUAUCGUAAAGCUACACUUUUUGUGCAUCCUGACAAGCUGCAGCAGCGGGGAGCAAGCAUUCAACAAAAGUACAUCUGCGAGAAGGUUUUUGAUCUUCUAAAGGAAGCUUGGAACAGAUUUAACAUGGAAGAACGAUAAACAGUGCUUAGUGCUGGGUUGUCUGAUGAUUGAAGUGCAUUAUUACUAUAUGUAUGAAAAGUAGUCUCAGAAAUCAGCAAAUAUGCAUGGUCUGCAAGUGGAACUUUAUUGUAUAGCUCAACAUCUAUUGUACUACAUUUUUAUUUUUUAGUUCCACCAAUUCCAGGCCUUUAAUUAAUUAUAGAAUAAUUUAUCCA